AUGCGACAAGCUCUAGAGGCAUGUCCUCGCUUGGAAACAUUCAAAUUCGUCAUCCCAGAUGACAAACGUCAUGGGGGCAGCCAACCCCUCGUCACGCCACGAGAUCUGGGGAUCGCGCUACUGGAAAAGCAUAAAGCAACUCUAAAGACCCUGAAAUUGCACUACAACAGCUAUUACGAUAUGCGCAGUGCGGAGUUUCAACAAGACAUGGAAAUGUACGGCCAGGACUCAUACCACUACGUGUACCCCUCGUUCCGCGAUUUUGAGGUGCUAUCGCACAUAACGAUGCAGUUCGGAAAACUUACCAACCUUUGCCACCUACCGGAGUCGUUGGAAUGUCUGAAGUUGCAGGAUUGCCAUUUCGACGUCGACUUAAGUGAAGACUGCCUUCGUGGUAUGCUUAAGCUCAAGGACACAUGGUGUCCGCUGAUCAAGCAGCUGUCUCUUCAGGGUUUCAAUGUAUCAGAAGUCAUCGACAUGAUGCGGGAAGUUGCGAGAUCCUUAGGUUUGCGGAUCACUGAGUCGCUUGGCAAAGGUCUUGUCUCGUUCUCCAGCCUCUGA